AUGACAGCGAACGCCAGUCAACGGACCGGAGCCGCGCGGGGCGCAGCGGUGCUACUGCCGCUGCCGCUGCCCGAGACGAUGCCGCAGAGCAAGAAGUUGGCGCGAAAUGCAAACAAGAAGAACAAGACGAAGAGGAACGACGAGGACAAGACGAAGACAACCCCACCACAACCCGCGGCCGUGCCGAGCGGCGGUGAUGCACCCUCGGCGCCGCCGCCUCCUAUUUCUUCUACCGCGAAGCAGCACGGGGGCACGAGAGGAGGAGGACAAGGAGGAAAAGGAGCAGCAGGAGGAGGAGGGUCCCCCCGUCGGCACUGCCGCGCUCGAGAGCACCACACCCCGCGUGCUUCCCCCGUGCCCGUCAUCGUGGUGACCGACGACGACGUCCCACCAACACCACCACCACCACCACCAGUGGAACCUAGCUCCGACAGCAGCUCCGGGCUGCCGACGUUGUCGUCGACAUCGUCGUCCAGCGCGAAGCGGCUCAACCCCGCGGCGCCGUCGUUUGUGCCGCAAGGCGACUUCCGGGCACGCCAGCCGCCGCCGCCACCGCCGCCGCCGCCGCCGCCCGUGCAAGACUGGUCGUCCAACGCUGAGGGGCUGUGGCUGCUGAGUCUAAUUAACGGAGGACGCGACGGCAACCAGGGACAACAGGCGCGUCCGCCCGCGGAAGACCCCAACGCCGCGGACGUCGCGCCGAACGAGAUCGUCAUCGCCAAUGGCUCCGGGCCGUUUGACGUGAGCACGGCGGCGGCGGCGGCGACCAUCCCCCUUGACCCUCGCAGAGGAGCAACCAGCUUUUCCGCAGCGCAGGGGCUCGGUCCGGUUACGUCGCUCGGGCACGCAAGGGUCAUGUGGCGUGGGCAAUUUGUGCCAAUUCAGAUUCCCUGGGUGUGGGGGGCUCCCAGGGACCACCUCCGUAAUGUUGCGCAUUAA